AUGGAGAGUAGGCCCUUCUCUCAAGCGAUAAAAAAGGAAGCAUCAAGCGGUUGUGCGAGGACUUCAAGUUCGAGGUCUUCCUGGAGUACAAAGAUGAAGAUGGAGACGAGCGAGAACGACCUGGCGGAGCUGCUGGCGAGCGAUGACGGUCCGUUUUUGAUCAAGGUGUCCGUAAUGACAGAUCAGCAGCGAGUGCCGCCACCAUCGCCGCCGCCGCCACCACAGCCAACGAACGCACCGGACCCACGAAUCCCCCCGGCCCGGGGACGUGGAGCUAGCCCCGCGUCGGUUCAUCCGGAUGAUAUUUUCCAGCAGCAGUCUCUCGGUGCCGAGCGACCGGUUCUGGUCGAGCACCGGGUGCCGCUCCAGCAGCAGCUGCAGGGGUACCGGGAUCACCAGCACGAGCAGAAGGAUCGCCCGGAGCACCGGUGCGGCGAGAAGAAGAUGAAGGAGCCGCAGUACGCUUCGGGUUGGGGCGGCGACAGCGCCGGGCCGCCCGUCGACGCUGCUGCCGUGAUGAGCGUUGCCCGUCAGUACUUGGACCAGGAGCAGCGUCGGCAGGCACUAAGGAGGAGGAGAAGGUCUUCCUCCGCCAGUGAAGCUCGUGAAUCGAGCGCGAGCUCAUCGCCCGCUGGAACAGCAGAAGACGGGUCGAACGUGCUCGAAAGGCUGGCGACUACGUCCUCGUGCAACUCCUCCUCCCCCCGUGCCGGCGGCGGCGGCGGCGGCGGCGGCGACUUCGUCACUUCUCCUCCUCCUCACAGGGGGGCCGGCGGCGGAGACGGGUGGAGGGGUGCGUUCAGGGUCGGCCCCAAGGUGCCGGAAGUGACCCGUGGGCUUGGGCACGAGGGACCGAACCCGUGGAGACGGGGCGAGGACGUGGACCCUGUGAGGUGGCUCAGAGGUGACAUCAUCGGCGCUGGGGCGUUCGGCACCGUGCACCUGGGCCUGAAUCUCGACACGGGCGAGCUGAUGGCUGUCAAGAGCAUUUCGUUGGACCGGGGGGACAUGACCUCUAGAGACGCAAAGGCCUUCGAGAACGAGACCGCCAUGCUUCGGGACAACCGACACGAAAACAUCGUCAAGUCGUACGGGAGUAGCAUCAAGGGCAACACAAUGUUCAUAUUUUUGGAGUACAUGCCGGGGGGCUCCGUGCGUGGCCUUCUGGAUCGAUUCGGGGGCUUCGAGGAACAUAUUUCCGUCUUGUACACCGAGCAGCUAAUGCAAGGGCUGAGCUUCCUGCACAAGAACGGAGUGGCCCACCGUGAUAUAAAAUGCGCCAACUGCCUCGUGAACCAGCGGGGUGCCAUCAAGCUUGCCGACUUCGGCAUGUCCAAGCGCAUCGUGGGGUUGUCGGGCACCAGCGGCACCUCAGGGGUGCAGAGCGUCAAGGGAACGCCGUUCUGGAUGGCCCCAGAAGUGCUGCAGGUGCAGGACUUAAAAGACGGAUGGAUCAAGGCCGACGUUUGGUCCCUUGGGGCCACCGUCCUAGAAAUGCUCACCGGGAGCCCGCCGUGGGACAAUAUCGGCCCCCUCGCUGCCAUGUUCAAGAUCAGCUGCACCCGAGACCUGCCUGAAAUCCCGAAGAGCGUCAGCCCACUGGUGCAAGACCUCUUACGACAGUGCUUCUCCAGAGAUCCCUCUCUGCGUCCGACCGCUAGUGAACUGCUCCGGCACGCUGUGGUGGCAGAGGUGUUGACCACCCGCUCCUUGCCAGCCUUCCGUCCCGCCCCGCACAAACGGACAACGGUGGUCCCCUCCACCGCACGCGAGUACGCCAUUCCUUCCUUGCAACUGUCGCAGCGCCCCGACCAUAGCGCCAUCAGCACCGCCAGCAGCAACAACACCAGAGGCAGCAGCAGCAAAAACAGAGGCAACGGCAACGACAAACAUGGCCGCAGCAACAAAAUCACCACCAACCACCCGAUCGGAAGGUUUACCUUGAGCGUCGACAGCACCGACGGCAUGAACAACAACAGCCGUGCCGAACCCCACGACGACUACGGAGGCAUGAUCCCCACUCCGGCCGCCGCCACCGCCGGUCUAAACGGCGUUACUGCAACCGGAAACAACGACCGCGACGGUGGUCGCAGCGUCGCCAGCAACGAACGCGGUCGUGGGCACAGCGAUGCCAGCAGCGGGAGCAGCGACUGCGGAGGCAGCUACUACCGCCCGCACCAGUACCCGAUACCCCAGCAAGCCGCUACCCCCAUGGAUCUGCUCACCUCCCAGCCACCGCCGAGAACCACGUGGAGCUCGGGAGGCGGUGUUCUGCCGCGAGCCGGGGAUGCGGCGGGGUGGCCACCUGCCGCCGCAAGCGCCAAGGCCGACCUCACGCCCACAGUGGAGGAGGGCAAGGAGAGUCAAAGCGGCAGCGAAGUCGGUACGCGCAGCGGUAGCGGAGAAUCGACGGGCGACAGCACGAGCACGUUGAGCUUCCAUCAGCAAUGCCAGCAGCACCACCAGCAGAACCGAAAGGGUAGCGGCGAUGCCGGCGGCGGAGUCGUGACCUCUUGUUCAGGACCUUCCCAGGACGGCCCGCUCUCAGAGCGAUUUUCGCCGAACCCCCUGGCCGUGCACCAGCGGCAGCGAAAUCACUGUGGCGGCGAAACGGUCCUCGACUGGGUGCCCGCGAACGCCUCGCAGGAAGCACAGGGCGGGGUGGGCCGAAAGGGGAGCCCCGACAGCUACACAAACGGCAGCGAAACAGAGUGGGGCUCCGCGCGGAUGAACGACAGCGCUAUGGACGACGCAAGCAAGGCUGGUUCUUUCGCCAGGGCUGAUGACAACAGCAGCCCCGCUUCCGCGAUGCUGCGGGCCUGUGCGGGUGCUGCUGCCACCGAACCGGCACCAUCGACAGCCUCCGUCUCUUCGCGGAAUCCUGGCAGUGGUGGUGGUGGUGGCUGCGAAACUGGUGACCGCGGAGACGAAACCGAUCGCCGGGAUGAACCCGCUCCAGAGCGACAGGAAGACCGCGGCGGAAGCAACGGUACUACGGGGGGGGCGGCGGCUGCGGUGGCAGCGAAGGAGGCGGUGUGGGGGGGGAACCAAGCGGAGGCUUCGUUGUGGAGGCCUCCGCCGUUGGUGUCCGGCCACGGCGAAUGGGGCUGGCGCAACGGGAUCCCCCUUCGCGGGGGCAGGCUUCCGCCGAGUCGGAGGACGUCUCGUGUUGAGGGAGGCGCAAUUAUGGCAGAAGAUUCUCCGAACUCUUCCGCGUCCCUUGGCAGCGGUGUCAGGAACAGCCGCGAUUGGCUCAAUGACUCGAGGUGGACAAACAGUGACACCGCGCCGUCCUCUUCACAUCGACUAGAGUCCACGGAUACGACCGGCUCAACUAUACGCAGACAGAAAUCCUCCGAAGCCCCCCGUCUACGCCUGCAAGACAGCGACCCAAGCCCCGCUGUCGAGAACCACAGCUUCAACAGCGAACGCAACCACUUCAUGGUGGAAAGAGCUCAAACUGUCCUCCCCGUGGAUAACGGCGCCCGAAUUUCGGCUGCUGCUGCUACGGCUUCUGCCGCCCCCGCCUACACCGUUGCCGCCCCCGCCACCGGCUUCCGCGGAGAUGUGCACGACAGAAGAAGCGGCGGACGCACAAGGAAGGCCUCGUACCCUUCGUUAGCUCCCAGGUCGGAAUCGGGGGCUUCUUCCAGCAGCAGCAAGAGCGCGAUCGCUGCGAGGGCUUCGGAGUGGAAGAGGCGGAUUCAGGAAAGGGGCCUUGGGGCCAAAGCCGAGGAGCUCGCCGCUUUCCGGCAUAACGCCAACCUCUCUCUGGGCGUUGGUUCGAUGACCUCCACGCAAAUUGCGGCGGUGAGCGACUUCCGUUCUUCGACAAUCAGCAGCACCGUGAUCGAGAGGCCGAGAUAUCCGACCGCAGAACUAGACACCCGCCGAACGUGGACCUUGGUGGCAUGGGCGGCACCAUUAACAGCGUGGAUUCCAGCAGUGACGGCAGCCUAACCUCGCCUAUUAUCUCCUUCUC